GGGGGGCCCCUCCGGAAGCGGGUGGGCGAGGCGCCCGGCUCCUCCCGGGAGCACCCCGCGCCCGGCCGCCAGCCCGGCUCAGUGCGCCCAGGGCCCCGCGGGUCUCCGGAGGAGGCUGCAGGCUGCGCCCCCUGCCCCCGCUCGGCCGCGGGCCUCCAUGGCAGCCCGGCGGGGGGCUUCCCGUCGGAAGUUGGGGUCCAGACGGAGCGCCCCGCAGCUGCAGGUAUUUUCAACUGUCCUGGAAUGUGUGUGUGCAUGGCAUGAGGGAGGCUUGAACCCCUGCCGAGUCCCACAUCCCUUGCGGAUUGGAUGGAGGCUGACAGGCCACUCCGCUGUCCAGGACAAAGACAGCCGGGGUUUGAUGUGCUGUGACUGAAAGGCCUCGAUUUAUUAUGCCUUUGGCGAUGGAGCCCAAAAUGAGCAAGCUGGCUUUCGGGUGCCAAAGAAGCUCCACAUCCGAUGACGACUCUGGCUGUGCCCUGGAGGAGUAUGCCUGGGUCCCCCCAGGCCUCAGGCCGGAGCAGAUCCAGCUCUAUUUUGCCUGCUUACCAGAAGACAAGGUCCCUUAUGUUAACAGCCCUGGAGAGAAACAUCGAAUCAAACAGCUUCUGUACCAGUUGCCACCACAUGAUAAUGAGGUGCGAUAUUGCCAGUCUUUGAGCGAAGAGGAGAAAAAAGAAUUGCAGGUAUUCAGUGCUCAGCGAAAGAAAGAAGCUCUCGGAAGAGGAACGAUUAAACUUUUGUCCAGAGCAGUGAUGCACGCCGCGUGUGAGCAGUGUGGCAUGAAGAUAAACGGAGGUGAAGUCGCAGUGUUUGCCUCUCGCGCGGGCCCUGGCGUGUGUUGGCACCCGUCCUGUUUUGUCUGCUUCACAUGUAACGAGCUACUGGUCGACCUCAUCUAUUUCUAUCAGGAUGGAAAAAUUCACUGUGGCAGGCACCAUGCCGAGUUGCUGAAGCCACGAUGCUCAGCAUGUGAUGAGAUCAUUUUUGCUGAUGAGUGCACCGAAGCUGAGGGUCGCCACUGGCACAUGAAGCACUUCUGCUGCCUAGAGUGUGAAACGGUCCUGGGAGGACAGAGGUAUAUCAUGAAGGACGGCCGCCCCUUCUGCUGUGGCUGCUUUGAGUCCCUGUAUGCUGAAUACUGUGAGGCCUGUGGGGAGCACAUCGGAGUGGACCAUGCACAGAUGACCUAUGAUGGGCAGCACUGGCACGCCACAGAAGCCUGCUUUUCUUGUGCCCAGUGCAAAGCCUCUUUGUUGGGCUGUCCCUUCCUUCCCAAACAGGGGCAGAUUUACUGUUCCAAGACGUGUAGCCUGGGUGAAGACGUCCACGCCUCCGAUUCUUCGGACUCUGCGUUUCAGUCGGCGCGAUCAAGAGACUCCAGGAGAAGUGUCCGCAUGGGCAAAAGCAGUCGGUCGGCAGAUCAGUGUAGACAGUCCCUCCUGUUAUCCCCAGCUCUCAACUACAAAUUUCCUGGCCUGUCUGGGAACCCUGAUGACACCCUCUCUCGGAAACUGGAUGACCUGAGUCUCUCCAGGCAAGGCGCAAGCUUUGUCAGUGAGGAAUUCUGGAAAGGCAGAGUAGAGCAGGAAACCACAGAAGACCCUGAAGAGUGGGCAGAGCAUGAAGAUUAUAUGACACAGCUCCUCCUCAAGUUUGGCGAUAAAAGCCUCUUCCAGCAGCAGUCCGGGGAGAUGGACAUCCGAGCCGGGGAGCACUGGAUAUCGGAUAACUUAGGUAAAAAUAAGGCCGAGUUAAAGCAAAAUAACCAGAGCCUGGCAAGUAAAAAAUACCAGUCUGAUAUGUACUGGGCACAGUCACAGGACGGCCUAGGGGACUCUGCCUACGGAAGUCACCCAGGCCCAGCAAGCAGCAGGAGACUCCAGGAACUGGACCUGGACCAUGGGGCUGCAGGCUAUAGCCACGACCAAGCUCAGUGGUAUGAGGACUCCCUGGAGUGCUUGUCAGACUUGAAGCCAGAGCAGAGUGUUCGGGAUUCGAUGGAUUCUUUGGCUCUGUCUAAUAUCACAGGAGCGUCAGUGGAUGGAGAAAACAAGCCAAGGCCAUCGUUAUAUUCUCUGCAAAAUUUUGAAGAAAUGGAGACAGAGGAUUGUGAGAAAAUGAGCAACAUGGGGACUCUGAACUCUUCCAUGCUGCACAGGAGUGCAGAAUCCUUAAAGAGCCUAAGUUCCGAGUUGUGUCCGGAAAAAAUCUUACCCGAGGAGAAACCCGUGCACCUGCCAGUGCUCAGGAGAUCCAAGUCUCAGUCCAGACCACAGCAGGUCAAGUUCUCAGAUGACGUCAUUGACAAUGGAAACUACGAUCUGGAAAUCCGCCAGCCUCCCAUGAGCGAGAGGACUCGGAGGCGGGUCUACCAUUUUGAAGAGAGGGGCUCUAGACCCCAUCAUCACCGGCGUCGGAGAAGCCGGAAGUCCCGCUCCGAUAAUGCCCUCAACCUUGUUACAGAGAGAAAGUACUCUCCCAAAGACAGACUGCGGCUCUACACCCCCGAUACCUACGAGAAAUUCAUACAGAGCAAGAGUGCCCGGGAGAUGCAAACAUACAUGCAGAACGCUGACCUCUAUGGCCGGUAUGCCCAUGCCACUUCCGACUAUACACUGCAGAACCCAGGUCUCAACAGGUUUCUGGGACUCUAUGGCGAGGAUGAUGAUUCCUGGUGUUCCUCCUCCACCUCCUCCUCAGACUCAGAAGAAGAAGGAUAUUUCCUUGGACAGCCAAUCCCUCAACCACGGCCGCAGAGAUAUGCCUAUUAUGCAGAUGACAUUUCUGGUGCAGCCUCUGCACUGCCCACUCCUCAGUUUGGUCAGAGGACAACAAAAUCCAAGAAGAAAAAAGGACACAAGGGCAAAAACUGUAUUAUUUCUUAACCUGGUGGCUGUGGAGGGCCGUGUUACAAUUUAGUCAUUCACCACCUGGAAUCAUACCUUUUUUUCUUCAUAGGAAAGUUACCCAGUUUCAAGUGCUCUGCCUGUGUAAAUGAGACCCCGAUUGCUAUUGUCAGUGAGUGUCCCAUUAGCAUUCAGAAGGUGUGAUUUCUCUCCAAUCUAACCUCCUUGGGUAGGGCCAAGUUGGUGUGACAUCUGUACCUGUCAGGUACAUUACAGUUGUACUGAGUCACUUUGGUCUCCAGCUCUCAAGAGAAUCUUCAUGAAAACUGAUGAGAGGUGACUGAAUGGGGGUGUGGAUUUUAGAUAACGGAGAGCCUCACCUUCGUAAAGCAAUAGCGUGUGUCACUUGCCUACACCCGGUUGGCCCUGGUUGUGUCUGGUGCGGCAUGCCCGUUGUCACGUUGACCCCACCAAUGCUAUGCGUCCCAUCCUGCGAGGUCACCUUAUCGGCUUUUAACCCUCCUGAAGUCGAGAAGACAUUUGGAUUAGCUUCAGCUACAGAUUGAAAAGAAGGAAAAAAAAAAAAAAAGGCUAUUUAUAAUGUAGUUAUUUCCGAGACUAAAAUAUUCCUAAUUUAACGGUGCAAAUAUUAAUGUACAUAGUGUACAGUUCAGAUUUUAAAGGCUGAUAUUUUUGUAUCCCUGUAUUGCAAGAUGUUUGUUAACACUGCAGUGCUAGAUUUGCUAGGGAAUCAGAGAUGGCAUUUAUGGAUGAAAUGAUUGCUUGUAUUUUAGUCAGGGCUUAGACGUCCAGAUUCAUAUUUCCUAGUGAUGGAAAGUUCAGUUUUUUUUUUAAUUUUGUUUUCAAUAUUAAAAGGCUCUGUAUGCAUGGUGGGGCUAUGUAAAUACUCUUUAAAACUAUGGCCCUAUUAAUCUUGCGAGUGUUAUUUAUGGGUCAAGCAAUGUAAACUGUAUAAAUGUAAAAACAAACAAAAAAUAACCCCACACAUACCCCUAGAAUAUAUGCUGAAAACAAGCAGAA